CCGCCAACUGAACUCCAGCAGAGAGCUCCCGAGGCCGAACCAGUGCGCCUGGCAGUCUGUGAGUGGGCGGCCCGCAGCUAGGGGCGGGGCCACGGCGCUGACAGGCAGGAGGCCGGUCCCGCCCCUCUCGCCCAGAGCGGCAGCGCCGGCGCUGGGGACAGCAGAAGUGAGUAGGUGAGCGGCGCAGCAAGAUCCCUGCUCGGACCCCGGACGGCGCGCGCACCCGGAGCCCCGGAUCCGAGUCGGGCCCGCGGCAGACCGCCAGAUAACUGUGCCCCCGAACUACCACCACUUGCGCCCUCCCGCUCCCGCCAGCCUCCCGGAGGUCUCGGCUCCGAGCUCUCCAGCGCCCGGGAUCUCCCUGGACCGGUCCGUCCAGAUUCCCGCGGGUCCGACCUGCCUGCAUCCCCCAGCAUCGCCAGGCUCGGGCCGCCGCCUCGGUCCCGGAGCCGCCCGCCUGGAUCGCACCCUUUCCUUGCCCGGAUCUCCUGGGACCGUACGCGAGCGUUCCUCGGAGCCCGAGGAGCGGACCCUUCCCCGGGUGCCUGCAGCCCCGCCGGCGCGGCCCGGCGCGGCCCGGCUCGGCUCCCGGAGCCCGCCCCGGCCAUGGCCCGAGCCCGCCCGCCGCCGCCGCCACCGCCGCCGCCGCCGCCGCCGGGGCUCCUGCCGCUGCUUCCUCCGCUGCUGCUGCUGCCGCUGCUGCUGUCCACCGGCUGUCGGGCGCUGGAAGAAACCCUCAUGGACACAAAAUGGGUGACAUCGGAGUUGGCAUGGACAUCUCAUCCAGAAAGUGGGUGGGAAGAGGUGAGUGGCUAUGAUGAGGCCAUGAACCCCAUCCGCACGUACCAGGUGUGUAACGUGCAGGAGUCAAGCCAGAACAACUGGCUUCGCACGGGCUUCAUCUGGCGGCGAGAGGUGCAGCGCGUCUACGUGGAGCUCAAGUUUACCGUGCGUGACUGCAACAGCAUCCCCAACAUCCCUGGCUCCUGCAAAGAGACCUUCAACCUCUUCUACUACGAGGCUGACAGCGAUGUGGCCUCGGCCUCCUCCCCUUUCUGGAUGGAGAACCCCUAUGUGAAGGUGGACACCAUUGCGCCCGAUGAGAGCUUCUCGCGGCUUGAUGCUGGCCGUGUCAACACCAAGGUGCGAAGCUUUGGGCCGCUCUCCAAGGCCGGUUUCUACUUGGCCUUCCAGGACCAGGGUGCCUGCAUGUCGCUCAUCUCUGUGCGGGCCUUCUACAAGAAGUGUGCAUCCACCACCGCAGGCUUCGCCCUUUUCCCCGAGACCCUCACUGGGGCCGAGCCCACCUCUCUGGUCAUUGCCCCUGGCACCUGCAUCGCUAAUGCCGUGGAGGUGUCCGUACCACUCAAGCUCUACUGCAAUGGCGAUGGGGAGUGGAUGGUGCCCGUGGGAGCCUGCACCUGUGCCACCGGCCACGAGCCAGCUGCCAAGGAGUCCCAGUGCCGCCCCUGUCCCCCUGGGAGUUACAAGGCGAAGCAGGGAGAGGGGCCCUGCCUCCCCUGCCCGCCCCAUAGCCGCACUGCCUCGGCAGCCGCCAGCAUCUGCACCUGCUACAGUAACUUCUACCGUGCGGAUUCGGACUCUGCAGACAGUGCCUGUACCACGGUGCCAUCUCCCCCCCGGGGUGUGAUCUCCAAUGUGAAUGAGACCUCACUGAUCCUCGAGUGGAGUGAGCCCCGGGACCUGGGUGGCCGGGACGACCUCCUAUACAACGUCAUCUGCAAGAAGUGCCACGGGGGCCCUGGGGCCGGGGGCGUCCCGGCCUGCUCGCGCUGUGAUGACAAUGUGGAGUUUGUGCCUCGGCAGCUGGGCCUGACAGAGCGCCGGGUCCACAUCAGCCAUCUGCUGGCCCAUACACGCUAUACCUUUGAGGUGCAGGCCGUCAACGGUGUCUCGGGCAAGAGUCCGCUGCCCCCGCGCUACGCGGCUGUGAAUAUCACCACCAACCAGGCUGCCCCGUCCGAAGUGCCUACACUACAUCUGCACAGCAGCUCAGGCAGCAGCCUGACCCUGUCCUGGGCACCCCCAGAGCGGCCCAAUGGAGUCAUCCUGGACUACGAGAUGAAGUACUUUGAGAAGAGUGAGGGCAUUGCCUCCACGGUGACCAGCCAGAAGAACUCGGUGCAGCUGGGCGGGUUGCGGCCUGAUGCCCGCUAUGUGGUCCAGGUCCGUGCCCGCACCGUAGCUGGCUAUGGGCAGUACAGCCGUCCGGCUGAGUUUGAGACCACAAGCGAGAGAGGCUCUGGUGCCCAGCAGCUCCAGGAGCAGCUUCCCCUCAUCGUGGGUUCUGCCACGGCUGGGCUUGUCUUCGUGGUGGCUGUCGUGGUCAUCGCUGUCGUCUGUCUCAGGAGGCAGCGGCGCGGCUCUGACUCCGAGUACACCGAGAAGCUGCAGCAGUACGUUGCUCCUGGAAUGAAGGUUUAUAUUGACCCUUUUACGUAUGAGGACCCUAAUGAGGCUGUGCGAGAGUUUGCCAAGGAAAUCGAUGUAUCCUGUGUCAAGAUUGAGGAGGUGAUUGGAGCUGGAGAAUUUGGGGAGGUGUGCCGGGGUCGGCUGAAACAGCCAGGCCGCAGAGAGGUGUUCGUGGCCAUCAAGACGCUGAAGGUGGGCUACACAGAGAGGCAGCGGCGGGACUUCCUCAGUGAGGCCUCCAUCAUGGGUCAGUUUGACCACCCCAACAUAAUCCGACUAGAGGGCGUGGUCACUAAAAGUCGGCCAGUCAUGAUUCUCACCGAGUUCAUGGAGAACUGUGCCCUGGACUCCUUCCUCCGGCUCAACGACGGACAGUUCACGGUCAUCCAGCUGGUGGGCAUGUUGCGGGGCAUUGCUGCUGGCAUGAAAUACCUAUCCGAGAUGAACUACGUGCACCGAGACCUGGCUGCCCGCAACAUUCUUGUCAACAGCAACCUGGUCUGCAAAGUCUCAGACUUCGGCCUCUCCCGCUUCCUGGAGGAUGAUCCCUCUGAUCCUACCUACACCAGCUCCCUGGUACAGGAAGCAGCUGGGAGGGAGACCGGGGGCGGGGCCAACCAGGCAGGGGCUCGGGGCUGGGGACCAGCCCCGAGUCAUAGGGUGAAGGGCGUGUGCCCCCCCCACCAGGGCGGGAAGAUCCCCAUCCGCUGGACUGCCCCAGAGGCCAUAGCCUAUCGGAAGUUCACCUCUGCUAGUGAUGUCUGGAGCUAUGGAAUCGUCAUGUGGGAGGUCAUGAGCUAUGGAGAGCGACCCUACUGGGACAUGAGCAACCAGGAUGUCAUCAAUGCCGUAGAGCAGGAUUACCGGCUGCCCCCACCCAUGGACUGCCCCACCGCUCUGCACCAGCUCAUGCUGGACUGCUGGGUGCGGGACCGGAACCUCAGGCCCAAAUUCUCCCAGAUUGUCAACACCCUGGACAAGCUCAUCCGCAAUGCUGCCAGCCUCAAGGUCAUCGCCACUGCCCAGUCUGGCAUGUCACAGCCCCUCCUGGACCGCACAGUCCCAGAUUACACAACCUUCACGACAGUUGGUGACUGGCUAGAUGCCAUCAAGAUGGGGCGGUACAAGGAGAGCUUUGUCAGCGCGGGGUUUGCAACCUUUGACCUGGUGGCUCAGAUGACUGCAGAAGACCUGCUCCGGAUCGGGGUCACCUUGGCUGGCCAUCAGAAGAAGAUCCUUAGCAGUAUCCAGGACAUGCGGCUACAGAUGAAUCAGACACUGCCUGUGCAGGUCUGACACCUGACUCCCACUGGGUGGGUACCCCCCAAGGACUGUGCAGGGACUCUGACCAGCCGGCUGGACUUUUGGACUUUUGGAUGCCUGGCCUUAGGCUGUGGCCCAGAAGAUGGAAGUUUGGGGAAGGCCCAAACUGGGACUUCUCCUCCAGGCCUGUGCUCCCUCCCCAGGAAGUGUGCCCCAAACCUCUUCAUAUUGAAGAUGGAUUAGGAGAGUGGGUGAUGACCCCUCCCCAAGCCCCUCAGGGCCCAGGCCUUCCUGCUCUCCAGUGGGGGAUCCCCACCACCUCAGACUUCGCUGUUCUUCAGUGCUGGAGGUCCUGGCAGGGUCAGGUGGAGGAUAAGCCUGGGUUCUAUAGGGCCCAGCCCUGGCAGGGGUCUGGCCCCCCCCAGGUAGGCAGAGUAGCCCCUCCCUCAGGAAUUGGAGGAGGGGACUCCGGGAAUGGGGAAAUGUGACACCCCAUCCUGAAGCCAGCUGGCACCUCCAGUUUGCACAGGGACUUGUUCUGGGGGCUGAGGGCCCUGCCCCACCCCCACCCUUGGUGCUGUCAUAAAAGGGCAGGCAGGGGCAGGCUGAGGAGUAGCCCCUUGCCCCCCAGAGACUGACUCUCAGAGCCAGAGUUUGGAUGUGUAUGUGUGUUCGUGUGUGUGUGUGUGCGCGCGCGUGUGUGUGUCUGUGCACGCACUGGCCUGCACAGAGAGCAUGGGUGAGUGUGUAAAAGCUUGGCCCUGUGCCCUGCAGUGGGGCGAGCUGGGCCAUCAGCGGAAUAAAGGCAAUAAGAUGA